ACUGCCAUCAAUCGACCGCACCGCACGACUGCCCUAGUAGCACUUGGUGGGCAAUAAACUUUAAUUGCCUGCAGUUUUGUAAUACAACAACCAGGGAGCGCAGCGCCAGCGAGAAAUUCUUCUGUUCCACAUUUUUACCUCUUCCGCUUGUUUUUUUCUUUACUUUCUUUUACUUAUUUUCUUUUGGGGAGAAAGGUUUUCAAAAAACCACCCACAUACCGUCGACAGCCCAUUCGUCCAUUGCACUGGAGGUGCUAAGGCAGCAAUCUAGAUCAAUAGCAGCUCUUCGAAGGAAAUCCCAUCUCAAGUUGACGAAAUGGGGCGACACGAAAGCAGCCGAAGAAGGAGAAGAAGGAAAAAAACUUCACUUUGUCAGCCCGGCUAGAAGAAAAUCCGUCUUAGGACCAAUUUUGAGCAAAAUCAAGAAUAAUGGAGCAGAUUCUGAUAGUGAGAAAAAAGGAAGCGAUGGUCAUGUUAUUGUUCAAAUUGAAUCCGCCAAACGAGUGAAAAGACACAGCAUUCAUGGUAUGAUGGAAGAAGAGAAUAUUAUUCGUCCCCAUCAGGAAAUUCGUCAGCUAACCCUGGAAGAGAAGAAAUUUCUUCUAGCUGUUGAACGUGGUGACAUGGCUGGAACCAGAAGGAUGCUUCAAAAAGCCCAAGACACAGAGUACAUCAAUAUAAAUUGUGUAGACCCUUUAGGACGUACUGCUCUGUUGAUGGCAAUCGACAAUGAAAAUCUCGAAAUGGUUGAAUUGUUGAUCAAUUAUAAUGUUGAUACCAAAGAUGCAUUGCUUCAUUCGAUUUCGGAGGAAUUUGUUGAAGCUGUUGAAGUUUUGCUUGAUCAUGAAGAUAUCAAUUUUCAAAAUGAAGGUAGUCAUAGUUGGGAGUCAGCUCCAGAGGAUACAUCAACUUUUACACCAGAUGUAACACCUCUGAUACUUGCUGCACAUCGAGAUAAUUAUGAAAUAAUAAAGAUCCUAUUGGAUCGUGGUUCUGUUCUACCUAUGCCACACGAUGUUCGUUGCGGUUGUGAUGAAUGUGUUCAAUCUCGACAAGAGGACUCCCUUCGUCAUUCGAGAUCACGUAUAAAUGCCUAUCGAGCUUUAGCUAGUCCAAGCCUUAUUGCCUUGUCCUCAAAGGACCCAAUUUUAACUGCAUUUGAGCUUUCAUGGGAGCUUCGAAGAUUAAGCUUUUUAGAACACGAAUUUAAGAAUGAAUAUCAAGAAUUGCGGAAACAGUGCCAAGAUUUUGCAACCGCACUUUUAGAUCAUACAAGGACAUCCCAUGAAUUAGAGAUAUUGCUCAAUCAUGAUCCCACCGGUCCAGGUUAUGAGCAUGGAGAAAGAAUGCAUUUAAAUCGAUUAAAAUUAGCUAUAAAAUUAAGGCAGAAAAAGUUCGUUGCUCAUUCAAAUGUUCAACAGCUAUUAGCUAGCAUUUGGUAUGAAGGUCUACCGGGAUUUAGACGGAAAAAUAUGGCUCUUCAAACGUUGGACAUAAUUCGAAUUGGAAGCCUCUUUCCAAUAUUUUCACUUGCCUACAUUUUAGCACCGUACUCCAGCAUCGGACAAACAAUGAGAAAACCUUUUAUAAAAUUUAUAUGCCACAGUGCGUCGUAUUUUACUUUUUUAUUUCUUCUUAUGUUAGCAUCGCAACGUAUCGAAACAUUCAUAGGUGGUUGGUUUUGGCAAGAAUCGCCAACUAUAAUUCCAGACGAAGAAGUCCCAACGAAACGUGGUGCUAAGCCAACAUUUAUUGAAUGGCUUAUACUGGCUUGGGUUAGCGGUCUCAUUUGGAGUGAAGUAAAACAACUUUGGGAUGUUGGUUUGCAGGAAUAUCUAAAUGACAUGUGGAAUGUAAUAGAUUUUGUAACAAAUUCGUUGUAUGUUGCAACGGUUGCGUUGCGUGUGGUAUCGUUUUUUCAGGUUCAAAAAGAAAUGACAGUUGACAGAUCUGCAGCUGACUUGCCUCGUGAAAAAUGGGACACAUGGGAUCCGAUGUUAAUAUCCGAAGGACUAUUUAGUGCAGCCAAUAUAUUUAGUUCUUUAAAAUUGGUUUAUAUAUUUUCGGUGAAUCCACAUCUUGGUCCGUUACAAGUUUCACUCUCACGUAUGGUUAUGGAUAUCAUGAAGUUUUUCUUUUUAUAUGUUUUGGUAUUAUUUGCUUUUGGAAGUGGAUUAAAUCAGCUGUUAUGGUAUUAUGCAGACCUUGAGAAAAAACGUUGUCCAGAAGUAUCAUCGAAUGCAAUUCUAAAUGCUAAUGGAACUGCUGAUCCAAAUGCAUGCAUAGUUUGGAGAAGAUUUUCUAACCUCUUUGAAACGACCCAAACACUGUUUUGGGCAGUUUUUGGUUUAAUCGAUUUGGAUAGUUUUGAGUUGGAUGGUAUCAAAAUAUUCACUAGAUUCUGGGGCAUGCUUAUGUUUGGAACUUAUUCAGUUAUUAAUAUUGUUGUACUUCUAAAUCUCCUUAUUGCCAUGAUGAAUCAUUCCUAUCAACUUAUUUCGGAACGUGCUGACGUUGAGUGGAAAUUUGCUCGUUCUAAACUUUGGAUUAGUUAUUUUGAAGAAGGAGGAACUUGCCCACCACCAUUUAACAUAAUUCCAACACCCAAAUCAAUUUGGUAUGGUUUCAAAUGGACAAGAAGAAUUUUCUGCAGUGGUUCAUCAGCAGCUAGAAGGGAACACUUAAAAACGAUAAGGAGAAAAGCUCAACAGGCUAACGACAGAGACUUUAAAUAUCAGCAAAUUAUGAGGAAUCUAGUGCGACGUUAUGUCACCGUUGAACAAAGAAAAGCUGAAUCUCAAGGUGUUACCGAAGAUGAUGUUAAUGAAAUCAAACAAGACAUUUCUGCAUUCCGAUGUGAAUUGGUGGAAAUAUUAAAAAAUAGUGGCAUGGAUACAAAUGUAUCUGCUGGACAAGGUGGAGGUGGCGGUGGCAAGAAAAACCGUCAAAAGGAACGUCGCCUUAUGAAAGGUUUCAAUAUUGCACCGCCAGGUUCAACUGGUUCAUUAGCUCCUGUUGCUGAAUUUUCAACUUCCCUCGAUCAAUACGAAAGUCAACAUGAAUUGUUAAGUUCAAAUCUUACCAAUGGUUUGACACCGAAUUUCUUGCAGAAGAAAUUCAAUCCAUGUUGUGGUAAUGCGGUGUGUGCAACUAAUUUGCUAAAGGAUCCAACUGCUCAUGUUCAAGCUAUGAAUAAAUAUAACAAAUCAACAGUGAAGCCAUAUAAUAAAAGGAUAGCUGGACAAAAGAAGAGAUGGGGUACCUUAAUUGAAGCAGCUAAAGAAGGAAAUGUUUCUAAAAUGCUAGGUCGUUCAAAAUCAGAGGAUUCAGUUUGUAAGACCAUGCCUCAAACGCCUGUUCAUGGAGUUCAUGUAACCUACGCUCAAAAUUGUGGAACUUAUCGUGGUGACUCAACUCCAACUCCAAGUGAGGCAAGUCCUUGCCACAGCAAUGGAAGUAUUGGAUCUAACUUCUUCCAUACUUCAACUGGUCUUACUGCAAUAGCUGCUUUAAAAAAGAAGCGUAAAAAGUUUUCAUCAAGCAAAAAUAUCAGUCCAGUCACAGAAUCUGUAUCGACGACCACUUCUGAAUCGCUUAAUGAUAAGGCCCUAAAGCGGGUGUCCAGUUAUCCAGCUACUACGGGCGAAGCCCCAAGGGAAGCUGCUAAACCACGACGACAUGAACAAACACAAAGUCAACACGAUUCCGUCGAAACAUCUUCGGAUUUUACACUCUCCAAUGAAAUACCAAUGGAUCCCUCCACUACAUCCGUCAAUUCUCGAGAACCACUAAUAAGUGCAUCGAGUGUUGCCACUAAUUAAUAUUAUUAAACA